AUGCCGUAUAGCAACUUCCAGCACUUAGAGAGCGAGGAGAAAAACCAGGAGCUGAGAAAUGGACCCCCUCCUCCCCAGAACUUGCUGCGGAGUCUCUGUGCCGGGCCCCGCCUCCUCCUGCUCUCCAUGGGCCUCAGCCUCCUGCUGCUGGUUGUUAUCUGUGUGGUCGGAUCCCAAAAUUCCAAGUUUCAGAGGGAUCUGGUGACCCUGAGAACAAAUUUCAGCAACUUCACCUCAAAGACUGUGGCUGAGGUCCAGGCACUGACUUCCCGGGGAGGCAGCCUGCAAGAAACAAUAACAUCUCUGAAAGCCGAGGUGGAGGAUCACAAGCAGGAACUGCAAGCAGAUCAUUCAGAAAUGCUCCUGUGGGUCCAGCAGCUGAUGAAGGGCUUGAACUCCCUGACUUGCCAGAUGGCCAUUCUCCAGGGCAAUGGUGAGGAGGGCUCUGAAAGGACCUGCUGCCCGGUUAACUGGGUGGAGCAUGAGGGCAGCUGCUACUGGUUCUCUCGCUCCAUGAAGCCCUGGCCCGAGGCUGAGAGGUACUGCCAGCUGGAGAAUGCCCACCUGGUGGUCAUCACCUCCAGAGAGGAGCAGAAUUUUGUCCAGGAACAAACAGGCCCCUUCUAUGCCUGGAUAGGCCUCAGCGACCCUGAAGGAACCUGGAAAUGGGUGGACGGAACAAACUAUGAGACCAGCUUCCAGAACUGGAAGCCAGGCCAGCCAGAUGACUGGCAUGGGCACAGGCUGGGCGGAGGUGAGGACUGUGCCCACGUCCUCUCCGAUGGCAUGUGGAAUGACAACGUCUGCCAGCAGCCCUACCACUGGGUCUGUGAGGCUGGCCUGAGCAAGGUCGCCUAG